AUGUCACGCGCCAAAGUCGUCAACGGCCGGCUCUCCGCGGAUACUGAGCAGGCCAUGACGCAGGCUUGGCACCAGUUGGUGGACACGAUCCGGCUCCUCCCACGGACGGAUGAGGAUCAGAGGACCGUGAUCCAGGAGAAGGCCACGCUGGACUCUGCGCUUGACCACAUCUCAGUGCUCAUCGACCUGAGACGGAACGGCAACGCCUCGACCGCGGCGACUGGCACGCCACGCGUGAGCCCGGCCCCCGGCACCGACGGCGUUCUCACCCCUCCGUCCAACGGGGGUCUGAAGCGCAAGCGCCGCCCAAGCGGUGGUAUCUCUGCCAGCCCCGCCCCCGUCGCUAUCCCUCCGGCGCCGCACACCGGGGGCUCCGAGUCGGCCCUGUCGAGUGUCGCCUCGCCUCUCGCGAGCGGACGGUCUGGCACACCCCUGCGCGAAGCUGCAGCGGCCAAGCGCCGUGCCAACGCGCCCCCCGGUGACACGUCCGACCAGCUGCCCCUCCGUGCCGGGCGCAAAGUGGCCGCGAGGCAGAAGCAGCAAGGCGUCAAGGGACGCGAGGACGAGGGCGAGGAGUGGAUCCUGGCCAAGGUGGUCAAGAUGGUGGGCGGAGACAAGAUGCGGUACGAGGUCCAGGACGCCGACGACGGGACACGCUGGGUCACGACGCUCAAGAACAUCAUCCUCCUGCCCGACCCCGAAGCCGCACCCCACAUCUCCUCCCACCCGUCCAACCUCGAGGACUUUGCCCGUGGCACCCAGGUGCUCGCGCUGUACCCGGACACGACGUCCUUUUACCGCGCGACCGUCGUCAGCGCACCGAUUCCCGGCACGGGUAUGGGCCGCGGCGUGCGCGGUGGCAAUGGCCGCCCGGACCCAGGCGCCAAGGCCGGCCAGUACCGACUCGCGUUCGUCGACGACGGUGACAACGUCCAUGAUGUCAACAAGACUCUGGUCGUGCUCGGCGGUAGUGCUUGGUGA